GUUUAUCUUUCGCGCUUUCAAAUAUAAUGAAGAUGAAAUGGCUAAUCAGCGUAAAGAAUUUGAAGAAGUGGAUGCUACGGAAAAAGAAUUAUGGUCUGCAUUAUUACGUUUAGCUAAUACAAAUUUUGGUGAAGUUUUUGCAGCUUGGAUUCAUUUAAAAGCAAUGAAAGUAUAUGUAGAAUCUGUUCUCCGUUAUGGAUUACCUCCAGAUUUCAUGUCUGCGACAAUAAAGCCAAAGCCGAAGAUGGAUAAAAGAAUAAGAGAGAUAUUGAACAAUCAAUACGGAAAAUUGUUGGGUGGUGCAUUAAGUAGAGAAACACAAAAAGACGAAGCUAUUGAGGAAUAUCAAAAUCUAAUUGAUAAGGAUUAUUAUUCAUAUGUGUGGUUUCAGAUUCAAUUCAAUGUUAAAAAGAUUACUUCGUGA